GGGGGAGGAGGUGUCAACUCCGGCUGCGGUCGCGGGAGCCGGCGGGGGGCGUAUCCCGAGCCCUGCACACCCGGUAGCCAGCCCGGAGGGUCGUGUGGAGGAGGCGGUUUGGGGCUCAAGUUGGAAAAUAUUUAACUCUCAACAAAUGAAUUCCACGCUUGAACUCAGCUGCAUUCCUGUGCCACCUCCUCCUUUAGAAAACUGAUCUAAGACAGAUAACAGAAGACUAGAGAAAGAUGCUGGGGUCUGAGCGAGCUGUGGUGGAAGAGUGGCUGUCAGAGUUCAAGGCACUACCUGACACUCAGAUCACCAGUUACGCAGCGACUCUACACCGGAAGAAGCCCCUUGUCCCGGCGCUCUAUAAAGUCAUUCAGGACUCGAACAAUGAGCUCCUGGAGCCUGUCUGCCACCAGCUGUUUGAGCUCUAUCGUAGCUCGGAAGUCCGGCUCAAGAGGUUCACACUGCAGUUCCUGCCCGAGCUGAUGUGGGUUUAUUUGCGACUUACAGUUAGCAGAGACAGACAGAGUAAUGGCUGCAUUGAAGCUCUUCUCCUAGGAAUUUAUAAUUUGGAAAUUGCGGAUAAAGAUGGAAACAACAAAGUGCUGUCUUUCACCAUCCCCUCCUUGUCCAAGCCCUCGAUAUACCACGAACCCUCAACAAUUGGAUCCAUGGCUCUAACAGAAGGGGCGUUGUGUCAGCAUGAUCUCAUCAGGGUCGUUUACAGUGACCUUCAUCCUCAGAGAGAGACCUUCACUGCGCAGAACCGGUUCGAGGUCCUGAGCUUCCUCAUGCUGUGCUAUAACUCAGCGAUUGUGUAUAUGCCGGCCUCGUCCUACCAGUCCCUGUGUCAGAUGGGCUCCAGGGUUUGUGUGAGUGGGUUUCCUCGGCAGCACGAGAAGCAGUGGAAGGAAGUUUGCGGCCGGAUAGUGCUGGAUCCUGAGUUCAUGGUGCAGCUUCUCACCGGCGUUUACUAUGCCAUGUAUAAUGGACAGUGGGACCUUGGCCAGGAAGUACUUGAUGACAUCAUUUAUAGAGCCCAGCUAGAGCUCUUUUCUCAGCCACUCUUGGUCGCCAAUGCCAUGAAAAACUCCUUACCAUUUGAUGCACCUGAUUCUUCUCAAGAAGGUCAGAAAGUCCUUAAAGUGGAAGUCACUCCGACAGUGCCGAGGAUCUCUCGGACUGCGAUUACAACAGCUUCAAUCCGGCGUCAUCGAUGGAGGAGAGAAGAUGGCUUUGACUUCUCAAACGAGGCUGACUCGAGUAUUCCCGGCUCCCCGAUCCAACACGGCUCCACUGACCUAGGGAUCAUACGUGUGCGAGAGGGGGAGGUGCGCAGGACCCCUGAGCAUGGCUCGCCGGAGCCCACCUCGGCAGCAGCCACCACAGAGGGUGCUGAGGGUCUCAAUGGCGGAGAGGACUCUCUCACCGUGAAUGACGCAGACGAGGGCUUCUCAUCCGGGGCUUCUCUCAGCAGCCAGCCACAUGGGACCAAAGCGUCGUCCUCGUCUCAGAGGGGAGGAAGCUUACGGAAAGUAACCGCUGGGCGAUCCUCCAAAGAUAAGGAAACCGUGUCUGCUGGCAAAUCCAGUGAGAGCCCUCGCGAUUCAGUAAUUCGCAGGCAGUUUGUACAGCCAGCCGAUCUUGGUUUAGAUUCAGUGGAGCUGACGCCGAUGAAGAAACACCUGAGCCUCCCUGCCGGCCAGGUGGUGCCAAAAACCAAUAGCUUAAGUCUAAUUCGGACAGCCAGCGCAUCCUCAAGUAAAUCGUUUGACUAUGUAAACGGCAGUCAAGCCGGUACCAGCAUCGGGGUCGGCACUGAGGGGGUGACUAACCUGGCAGCCACAAAUGCCAAUCGAUACUCAGCCAUCAGCCUCCAGGAAGACCGGCUAGGGCAUGCUGGUGAAGGCAAAGAGCUCCUCAGCCCAGGAGCCCCCCUAACAAAGCAGUCUCGAUCCCCGAGUUUCAAUAUGCAGCUAAUAUCCCAGGUGUAGUUCUGAUGUCCCCCCAUCUGCUUACCUUUUAAACAGAACAUUUCAUUGUGCAAGACCCUUCAUCCCACAUUGUGAAGAAACGUCCUUGUACUCAGAUCUGAUUUAGCGUAGGUAUCUUCAUACUGUAUUUUGUAUGGAAACAGCAAUAAGGUUUUCUCUCCCCUUUCAUUUCCUCCACCCAUUCCUUGCAAAUGUGUUUGUGAAGCUGUGUAAGAUGUUUGCCUUUUCCACGCCUUCCUUUCUCCUUGGGUAAUGUGCAAUCCGUCAUAGGCUGAUCGGGACUGAGGAGGUGGUAGAGGAAAUGGUGUAUGAUCCCUAUGAAGUGAUCCUUUGGCUUUUGUUUAAAAACAAAACGGGUUUGUUCACAUAAUCUAUGGAACUAUGAAGAUAACUGGAUCAUAUUUUUUUUUCUCUCUUAACCAGGAGUGCCUCAGAGAUUCUGCUAUGACUUCAGACUUCUCUGAGUCUGUGCAAUUUUAUAGUCUUGAGAAGCGUGGGGAAGGUGGUGGACUACCGCAGUGUUUCAUUAAGACGAGGCUAGCUGCCCCUUUCCUUGAUCCCAAGAUCACAAAUGUUUAGUUAUUGAGGCAUUUAGUCAACUUGUGAGCACCUCCACCGGAGGGGGAGGCUCUGAGUUGAUUGUGUAAUUAAUAAUGCACUUUCUCAAUGGCUCUGUAGUCAUCAACAACAUGUCUUCCCUCUUCCCACAAGGACUUAGGGACAUUUCUGCCCUUAAAGUUUGAACUAGCAAAUCAGAGACUCCAAGGGGCAUGUUCUAUUUCCUGGGGAUGAUUGACACUUUGGUGCUGGGGUUUCGUGGGUGGAAGGGUGCUUUGUUUGGUUUGCGUGAGAAUGUAUGUGAGGUGAGGUUGUAACUGUUUCCUUCUCUUCCUGUGUGAGCUGAUGAUGACUGAAGUAGGAACCGUGCGUCUUCAGGUAAAGAGGGGGAUUUCUCGGUCCACUUUCUGUGACGUCAGGCUAUCGGAGAAUCCCUUUCAGCUGCUUCCCAGAUGUACCUAAAUUCAGUCAGAUAGCGGAUGAUAAAGAAGCCUAAAGUCCUGAGAUCGUAUGCUCCAAGGACAUACAUCAGGGACAGAUAACUGGUUGAAAACACUGAUGCUUCAAUGUGACACAUUUUUAUAGAACAUUUCUACCAGAGGGUACUGACUUCAUUUCUCCACAAGGACCACACUGCCUUUGUGUUUAAUGCAAUUUGUGUAUCUUCUGAUUAUCUGCAAAGUUUCUCGUUUUUAUAAAACUUUGAAAUCAUGCCAGUAAGCUCGAUGUUGAAUGUAUGUAAGUAGCAUUUGGUGACUGCUAAGAGGCUACAAAAAUGCAUUAUUGGUUCAAUUCUUUUGUUGUGAUUUGGUUGGGAAAGACUUUCUUAUAAUCUCUUCUGGGUCUCAGGCUUUGUUUGAAAAAGAAGGGAAUGUACUGGGAUUUUGAAAAUCAGUAUUGUGUCUUCAACUGCUGUCCAUCUCAAAACCAUGAGUUACACAUACCCUUGUACAUGUAGACAUUUUAUGUAUUAUUGUGAAAGAAAAAUAUACUGCCUUUAUUGAAAGCAAGUGUUCUCUUAAUUGACAAAGUUGUUUUAUUUCCAUUUAUGGUAGAAUUUGAUAAAUUAACCAGGAAAACGCCUCUCUUUUUUUCCCCCCCGCACGUAAACCACUACGACUUUUGGAAAAGUCGUCUGUCUGUGUGUGUGUCUGUCUGUCCAGGGGGCCUCGUGUUAGACUAUCCCUGAUUGGAUCUGAUGGUCUACAAAACGGAAAACUAGAGCGUCAGCGGUUACUCACAUCAUUGCCAUGAUUUAUUGGUUUUUACGAUAUGAUGUGAUAUGAUAUGAUAUGAUGUGAUAUGAUGUGCAGCUAUCACAGACACAUUUCAGUCCUGCUUCUACUCAUUUCACUGAUGUUGCGUAAACUAGAACAUUAUAAAGCAGUGGAAACUGGAGCAGUAAACUUUUCCUAACAUGCUAAACAGACGAGGUUUCUAGUGCAUGAAGGACGGUGUCCGUCACGGUACGGCAGCACACGUGUGGAAGGUGUCGGCCACGGUACGGCAGCACACAUGUGGAAGGUGUUGGCCACCGUACGGCAGCAUGCGCCUGGAAGGUGUCGGUCACGGUACGGCAGCACGCGUGUUGGAGGUGUCGGCCAUGGUACGGCAGCACGCACCUGGUUAUGUAAGAGGCUGGUGGGCCCAAGUGCACAUGUGUUGGCAUCUAAAUCAAGCAUUUUAAUUAAAGCACAAAAGAAUACCAAAAAAUUUGAAAUCAUAGCAUAAACUGUAGUAAAUACAAGAAAAUGUCUUUUAAUUAGAAAUAUUAUAACUGUAAUGUUGGUUUUAAGAUAUUUUCCGAGUGUGUGGUGGCACAUGCCCUUAGUCCCAGCCCUCUGAGUUCAAGGUCUAGGAAGUGAGUUCCAGGACAGCCAGGGCUACACAGAGAAACCCUGUCUUGCAAAACCAAAAGGAAAAAAAAAAAGUUCAUCUUACGAGACUUUCAUUUAUUGCUAUGCAUAUUUCACAUAUGCAUAUAUAUGACCCUGUAACAUUUGAAUCCUGUCCUUUGAGCUGUGAUUCGGUCUCAGUAAAGAAAUCUCUCAUUUACACUUUAUAGCCAUGGUCUUAGGUAAUAGUUCAAAUGAAAUAAGUUUUCUAAGACUCUUUCUAGCUGCUGUGCUUCCAGCAUCUGAUUUGAAAUGGUUUUUGUUCAGUUAUACAGCACCCGUUACAUGUCAGCCAGACGUGUCCGUUCUUUAUCUUUAACAACCUCCCUUUGCUGCUUCCCGGCUUCCACGAAGCUUCAUCCCACUAAUAGAAACACCGGUCAGAGCCAUCUGCGCCAGGUCAGAUUACAGAGUUGAGCACCUGAAGGUUUAGGAGUUCUUCUGUGUGACUUUACAUUAACGUUACUAAUAAGAACACUAAGAUGUACAGCAGAAAGGUAACUUAGAAGUAAGGCUUUAGAAUAUGAAAAUAUAUUAAGAAGCCAGGGAGGUGGUAGCUGUGCUCUGAAGUCUUGUCCCUUUACUAACACCCUCCGGUUUCCAGCUUGCUGUUCGGUGCCUGUCUAGCGCAGAUCAGAAUUGCUGUGUCAGGAGAAACCCAGGGGAUGACCUAGCUGCUCUCUCUGCCAUACACAGACCUUCACUGUCAGGAAACUGAGGCACACAGAGGCUGUGAAGUAAGUAAGGUCCAUAGCUAAGAGGCAGAGCCAUACUCAAACCUUGUCCCUGGUCAACAGCAUAGCCACACCCCGAUGCCUCUUGUUACCCAUACUUGGUAAAUGUAUAUGCGGAUACUUUUCCAUUUCUGCAGUUUCUCAGUUUCUGGUCUAGCAGUUGGUGAACACAUUAAGGAAAGUAUUAAUUCCAGAAAAGAAUGUAAAAUAACAUAGGUGCUCAAACGUAGACACCUGUGCAGCACGUUAUUCUUUUCUGAUUUAUGCCUUAUGAAUUCCCUGCCACACAGCAGUGACAUGCUGCCAUGUUAUCUGUAUUUGUGGGGAUUUGUUUGUUAUAAAAUAAACCCAACGAAAUGACAUUGAUCAGUGUUGUAACGAUUUGAAAGUGAGUUUGAAUCCGCCCGUUUUCAGUCACCAAGGACACACUCUGGAGGGAAGCAAAGCAAAGAGAAGCUCAAUCCCAUUCAGUCCUAAGCCGAGGGACGCUGUUCCUUACUGUGCUGAUGACUCCAUGAGCAGUGGCCUCUGUCCCUAAUAACACAAUCUGUAUGAAAGCAGCCCUGUGUAACCUCAGUGUCUGCGACCUGAAGUCUAAAUUCCGUUUAGUAACUUUAAACUUCCUGGACUUAUCAGACGCCAGGACACUGAGGAGAACUUCUCCAGGUUGCUUUUGCUUGCACUGUUUCCGUGAGCCCCUCAUGCAGCGGUGUGUUUUCCCCACCUUGUUUCAUGCGGUUUCUUUGGUCCAUUUUUGAGGACUUCAGUUGUUGAUAACCGACGGUCUCAUCUGAUUCACCGCAUGUUUAUAAAUAAAAAUACUAGUUUUUGUUUUUAUGGGUAGGGUAGCUCCAUUUCUGAACUUGGAUUAUAUUAUAAAGGGGUUUAUUAACCAAAAAGCUUAGUAUUUUAAUUAUAUAUUGUUUUUCCAUUUAAAAAGAAUAGAAUGUCAUAGUGGUGAUUAGAAACUGCACAGGACUCUCCGAGCGGCUCUUCUGCCGUUGGAGCAAGAGGCUCUUCUCUUUUGAGCUGAAUGUCCACUGUCGUUCCAUCAUCAAGUUGGGUGAGACACUUACUGAAAUAUUUUAAUUUUCUUAAAGUGGUUUGCAAGAAUAAGUGAUUUGAAAACCAGCAAUUGACAGCUUAACCUCUUAAAAAUAGAGUAUUUGCCAGAUUGAAUAAACAUGAAAUACAGUGUAAAAUAAUAUUAAUAAAAUCCUGAGUCAUCAGAUUGGUACAAUUUCCCAUGCUAAUGUGGUGAGACAACCUUUAGUAUCGUUUGUGCUGUGUGAAUAUUACAGGUAGCAUCACCCUGGUACUGAACUGCAGAGAACCUACUGUUUCAUGGAGGAGGAACAGCCCCGCCUGCUUGUCUAACCCUGACCACACGCCACAAAGUCUUGCUUCCCCCCCCCCCCGCAGUAUUUUUGUAACAUUAGACAUUUGUCCUAUGAGAAGUAUAUACAAGACCAAAUUCAGGAAAUGUAGGAUGACAUGAAGUAACGGGCAGAAAUGAGAGUAACAGUCCGGAAAUGAGAGUAACAGUCCGGAAAUGAGAGUAACAGUUCGGAAAUGAGAGUAACAGUUCGGAAUUGAGAGUAACAGUUCGGAAAUGAGAGUAACAGUUCGGAAAUGAGAGUAACAGUUCGGAAUUGAGAGUAACAGUCCGGAAAUGAGAGUAACAGUUCGGAAAUGAGAGUAACAGUUCGGAAAUGAGAGUAACAGUUCGGAAAUGAGAGUAACAGUCCGGAAAUGAGAGUAACAGUCCGGAAAUGAGAGUAACAGUUCGGAAUUGAGAGUAACAGUCCGGAAAUGAGAGUAACAGUCCGGAAAUGAGAGUAACAGUUUGGAAAUGAGAGUAACAGUUCGGAAAUGAGAGUAACAGUUCGGAAAUGAGAGUAACAGUUCGGAAAUGAGAGUAACAGUUCGGAAUUGAGAGUAACAGUUCGGAAAUGAGAGUAACAGUCCGGAAUUGAGAGUUCCUAUGAGGGUUUUGCUUCUGAACGUGAAGAGGGUGGGUUCAUGAUGUUUACAGACUGAGGCAUACUCAUAUGUCUGAUACCAUACUAUACAUUUAACAUGGUUUACCAAAAAAGUAGACUUGAGUGUAUCAUAAGGUAUAAAUGAAUCUGUUUUAAAAAUUGUGUACCUGGAGGUAGGCUAAUAGAUCUUUGUAUGUACAGAGAGAACUGAACCCAAUUGGAUGAUCUGUCCCCAUCCACAGAGUGACUAUGUGGCUUGCUGUAUUCGAGUGUAACCGUUCCGAGUUGGUCUUAUCAGGAGAUGUUUUUAUGUCUUCAUCAGUUACAAAACUUACCAAAGAAAAUGCUACCAAAAUUGUUUUCAGAACGUCUAUUAAGUAACGUAGCCCCUUAAUGCAAUUGCCUUCUAACACCAAAGGGAACAAGUAAUACAUGAUUUGAACUGGGAGGUACAAGUACAGUGACAGACGUACAGGAUUCUGUUUAUCCUUACAUCAGUAAGAUGUCAGUGCUCCAGUAACAGUACCAAUACAGAAUAAGUUGUAUUCCUUAGGACAUAUUAAAAUUAAGUAUUUGGCUUGUCAGUUUUAUUAUGGAUUGUUUAGGUGAAUUAUAGGGACACUUACUGAAGGGUGCUCCUGAGUGGGCAGAGGCACUGUUUCUGGUGUAAUGUUAGCUAAACUGAUACGGUUGGUUCACGUUGAUUUAUGCAUAUGUCCACUCUUGCUGCUCUUUUCUUUGUAUUAAAAACAUGAUCGGCAUAAAGGAAGCUAAAGCAUCUGCUGUAAAACACGUAGGCCAAAAAGAUCUAAAGGGUUUAAUCUGUGUAAUGAUUUCUUAAACCAUGAAACACAGUUUUUUAAACUGUUAUUCCGAACAAGUCCUUUUAUUUUUUAAAUACAUUAUAGUUAAUAAAUAUUGGACGAGGCAUGGUGGCGCACGCCAGAGGCAGAGGCAGACAGUUCUCUGUGAGUUCAAGCCUGGUACUGGUGAUGAAUUCCAGAAUAGCCAGGGCUAUGUAAUGAAAUCCUAUCUGAAUAAAAAACAAACAAGAAUGUAUUGCUUUUCAGACGAGAAGAUUGACUUUCAAAUAACGACCGAUAAUGGUUUGGGUUUUUAAAAUUAUAUUAUCUAAAUAGAAUGCAAAGAUAUGAAAGAUAGUCCAUGUGAUAUUAGCAAUGUUUGAAGUCUGUCCUGUGUUUUACAUUGUAUCUUUUUGGUUCUUCUAAAAUUAGGCAGGCUUUAUUAAAUUCUGUUUAAAAUUGGCUAAAAGAAACCGUCUUAGCAGUGCGAGGGUUUCAUUGCCUUAUCUGUAUGUAAUGUGACUUCUGUAACAGGCAAACAGAAUAUCCCGCUUUCAUUAUUUGUUUCAUAAGAGGAUAUAUUUAGAUCAGCUUGUUGUUGUUGUUGUUGUUAACUAACGUCAAUUUGUAGCUUUGUAUAAGCUUCCCCAAUAUUGGUGGGAUUUUGCUGCUGAAACUACUGGACAGACAUAUAAAAAGUAUGAUCGUUCCUGACGAGUGUCCUUUUAACCUAGGACAAAAAAAAUCUAUUUUUUUUCCCCAGAGCUGAAGAAAAAAAUAAACGCACAUCUAAGAUUGGUGUAUGUGAGCCAUUAUCCUGUCUGAUCGGAUGGAUUCAUGCUGUUGAUUGUUGAAAUGUGGUCACUGUUGAACUUGUAAAUAUCAGCCAGAGAUGAAAAAUAUUUUAAGUUACUGUAAAUAAAGAUGUAAAAAAUUCAGUAUCAGUCUGCAGUGCAGAAACAUAACAUCUCAGAUGUUAAAUAUUGUGUCUCUUGAGGGAUGUGUCAUGUCUCCCUUGAUGUAUCUAGCUACAUUGAGAAUGUAAAUUUUCUUUUGUACAGUGUAAAAAUACAGCUCUAUUUGGCUUUUAA